UUCGAAUGGAUUUCCUGCAACUAUGUUUUCAGGCGUGGGUGAGAAGACGGUAAUGGUAAGACCCUCCACGUCGACCUUUUUUUAUUUUGUUGGCUCUUUAGAAGGCUUAUCAUCUAGGAGAUGGAAACGUGUCUGUCUGCACGUUGCAAUAAUUGACGGGGACUGCAUGUCUUUGAAACUCAGGGUAGUAGGCUUGACUUAUUCCAGAAUUGCAAAAUACAACAGAGAUAUUUCAGGGCAAUACAAGAAAGGAACAGAUCGCAAUUAUCAGAAAGAAAAGUGUAGCAGUGCCAUGAGAUAUUGGUGGCAAUCAUUCAGCAGCUAUCCCUUCACUAUUAUAGUUUCUUCACUCAGUGCCAUGAUAAAUGGAUCAAUCACCAUCCCGACAAGCUCCACUGCCAUGAGCGGCUCAUUAAAUGAAGGUGAGUCAUGUAGAUUCAACCGUUACCUCCGGAAGAUUUGGCAAUGGGACAAGGGUCUCGUUGGUUGCGCAGCGACAGAUUGUUCUUGGCGUCGGGAUCAAUCAUCACAGUCGGGGUCCCGAAUCGGUAUAGUCGACAGCCUGAGGCAGAUAGCCAUUUCGUAUUAAGGAUAAUAAUCAAUUACCAUCUAAGAGAGGCUCAGGUAUGAUCAUGCGUGCUUGGAAUAGCUUGUCCAGCACAGACAGCUUAGCGGGGGGUUUGUUUGGUCCCGAACUGGUAUUACAACUUCCAAGACCAUGAAGAACAGCGGCCUAGAUCAAUCUCCUGGGGGUUCUCAGCGUUCCCCUUCUAUUUGCCAUGCCAUGAUCCUUCAUCUCUUUCGUGGGCUGUUUGCAGGAGCAGCCUUCCAAUGUUAAGAACCGCAUCACAGCCGACGUAGUUUCAAGGGGUAAAGUUGAUUCAUCUCGGGCAGAACACCCCAAGCUAGCAACAGCCAGACGAAGAUUAAUGGAGAACUAUAAUAAUAUGAGCUGCCGGCAAAGACUUGUUCCGUUUUCCUUCUCAGAAGGAGGUUUAUUUAGGACUUGAUACACAUCACGCAACCCUAAAGUGUUCUCGCCGCAGAAUAAUUGUGCUAUUCAUAUAACCCACACAUGCAGAUUGCAAUGCGGGUGGCAGUGCAAUUGAGCAGCACAAAUGGGAGAAAUUCGGGAGCCUUGGUGCUUCAGAGAAGUGGGGUUGAGAUCGAUACUUACAUCUCCAGAACAAAUCAGACAAUCUACGUAGAUUGGCUUAUUUUUGCAAGAAGAGCGAGUUCCAUGGUUGCUCUGCUCGGCGUCAUCAUGAAACCCACGAAAUCCUGGUACGCGCCAAUCGCCGCCUAGACUGCGGCGCCUUGUUCUGCUGAGUCAGUAGACGACACGCAAGCCAUCUCGAGCGGGUUUCUAUUCUUGUCUCCAUUACCCUCUCGACAUCGAUCUCGACUCGACUGCCACAGCCAAAUUAUCAUCUAGCAUCGACUUGAUCUGCCUCAUAACCAUCCGCUCGCCUCCAUCUUUCGCCCCGUUACCCCAUCGACAUCCUAUGACUUCGGUUUUGCGGCUGUCCUGCGAUAGCCAUAUCUCCCAUUAGACUUCCACCAUCUUCCGAGAUAUUGCAAUUGAACCCCCCUUAUCAUCGACCCUCCUUUACCAUCUUUGUUCUUCUCCUCUUUCAAGUUACGACGGGUCAUUGACUUGACUUUACCGCAAAUCGGUUUCUUACGCAAGAACUAGCGCGUGCUGCUUCUCACUAUGGCCGCCCUAGCGGAGCAUCCCGUCGUCACCUCCUCGUCCUCUCCUAUGCCCACAAUGAACACCUGUUACGAUCCCGACAUCGAUACUUUCCUGAACCUCGAUCAACUCACCUAUACAUCCCCCGAACCCACUAGAACGAAGUCCGAACUAGCGAGUCAUCCGUCCGUCUCCAGUACCGACUAUAGCGCCAACGAACUUCGAAGUGCCAGUUUCGCUUCCAGCAGCCAGUCCCCACUGGCUUUCCAAGGCCCCAGCCAUCAAUAUGAUGAGCAUAAACAGCAGACGGGUCUUCCUCCAGGCGCACUCGCACACGCAAUGGCCUUCAAUGCCAAUGAAAUGGGGUUUGGUGCUGGAAACCAGACCUAUCCUCUGAACGGAGACAUGGUGGCUAGUCAUCAAUUACAGCGCGAUGGCUCUGGUCUUGACUUUGGUCGUACACCUACGCGCAAUCCGUCGGAGAUGGAUCUGGAGUCCGAUAAUGUGCCAGCCGUACCAACUUAUUACUUCACCCCGAAUCCAAACAGGGGUCAGUUUGUAGAUCCCAGUGCCUUGAACGGCCAAGAGGCUGUGAACAUUGGGCCUUCGACACAAGUUGGCCGUAUGUAUCCUGGAAUGCAUCAGCAGCAGGCUGCGAUGGCCAGGGCGGCCGCUCAACAACAGAGACAUCAUGAAUUUCUCCGUCAGCAACAAUUGUUUCAACAACAACAACAGCAGCAGCAGCAACAGCAACAUCAGCGUAUAGAACAGCACCUGACCCAAUCCAGACCUUUGCGUCACCCAGAUCCGGAAAUUGAAGAACGUAUCACUCGUCUUCUCCAGCAGAUGAAACGUACUCCAGUUACACCAGAAAGCACUCCUGGUCCUUCUUCCAUUUUACCGCAGCUGGCGAAGAUUAGGAAGGAAGAACAGGACAUGGAUGAAGAUGAGAGGCUGCUCGCUAGCGAAGAGGGGAAGAAGCUCAGCAGUAAAGAACGUCGCCAGCUUCGAAAUAAGGUGUCUGCGCGCGCUUUCCGUUCACGACGAAAAGAAUACAUAACCCAGCUUGAAAGCGAGGUUACCGCUAAAACAACAGAAGCCCAUGAUCUCCGUCUUCGGAACCGCGCUCUCCAGGAGGAAAACGGCCGUCUUACGGAUUUGGUCAGACUGCUCCUGUCAUCGCCCCAGUUUUCUACGUUCUUGGACGAGCUGAGUGUCUCUGGACUCCCUCCGCCGCCAUCUACCACGUCUCAGGCUCCUCAGGUUCAGCCACGGCUACCUCAGCAGCAAGAACCGCAUCCCCCAACCGUGGCGCGGCAGCCAGUACAAACUGAAGCCACCAAGGAUGUAAACACGAACCUCAACUCUCAAGAGAUCCAAAUGCAACAGAACGCCCAAGUUGGCAUGGUGAUCGUCCCAAGCCACCAGGUUGAAAUGUCCUCCGUGGAUAUGACCACUGCAGGUUGGAACUCGGGAAUUGAUAUGAACUAUGGCAACACGCCUAUCUUUGCGGUAUUAGAUGUGCCACAAGGGCCGGCUGUUGAUACUGAAGUUCUUUCUGGAAAGUCGUUGGAUUUCGCUGGUUCAUACAGCAUAGAAACCAAAGAAGAGGUGCCUUGCCUUGAGUUGCCCCCUGUAGUCGAGGAGUCGAACGGAGAUUCUGGUAUGAGCAGUGCUGAUUCCGGAAUUGACAUCGAUGAAUCGGACCCAGCUUUUGCUUUAUUCAUGGAUUCUCCGGCUUCUCCAGCUUCUGCCCCAUCCGAUCCGUUCGGCGGUCCUUUCAACAACGUUCAUUUUGAGAAAGGCUGCGUUUCAUUCCAACUUGUUGUGGGAGAGGACCCUGAGGACUUGGCCAGGGCUGCAGCAACGAGUCACUUUGUGCGUCUAUGCCACAGCAUGGAGGCUGCUUUCCAACGCGUUUCGAUGGUGACCUCCCAUCUCUCGUGAUUACAUAUAUUUUAGAAGCGAGCUUUUAGGAAGUCUUACCCUUCUCGGGUUUUCAUUCUUUGACAUUAUAGAACUUCCUCUUUCCGUUCUUUGGUGGUAGUAUAAUUUGUGUCUGGUGUGCAAAUGGUGUACUAGUUUCCGAAUCCCACUUCUCCGUUAGACUACAGAACCUUUCCUUUGUUCAUGCAAAUAUGUGCCUUUUUUUUUUAUCUCUCUCUCUCAUUUCGUGGAAUUUCGUGAUUCAAUCCCUUGCUCAUUCUAUCUUGUGCUCUUGUCUUGUAUUUGAACUGGACAUAUGUGUAUUUCAUAGGGGACAGAGGACUCAAGAAACUAAGUCCAUUAUGAAAUUGAGCAGUAAACAGCUUCAGG